AUGGGUGAAGCAGGAUUCACAGCCGGUGAGCAUCUCCUUAUUCUACGCCCUUUCGCCUGGCCAGACUCGUGGCACGACGACUUGCGCCGAGCGUUCCCGUCUCUCCAAAUCACGGCUCUAGAAUUAGAUGGCAGACCAUUGGAAGAAUCAGUCCCAAAGGACAUUCUCGCUGAGGCGACCAUUAUUGCCGUCGGAGGCAGACAUCUUCCCCUUCCUGAAAGUAUACCAGAUAUAAAGUUUGUACAUACAUUCUCUGCUGGGACAGACAGUUUCGUCAAACAGCCCUACAUCACGCAAUCCAAUCUUCCCCUCACCACAAGCUCUGGCAUCCACGGUCCUCCUAUUAGCGAAUGGGUUCUUCUCAACUGGCUAGUAUCGUCAAAACGUUACAACAGGCUGUAUGAGGCACAGAAGAGCCAUGAAUGGAUCUCACGCGAGUUUAGCCAAUUUGGCGUGAGUGAUCACGUUGGGAAGAGGGUUGGCAUUCUGGGUUAUGGAAGUAUUGGACGGCAAAUUGGCCGAGUUGCAGUCGCAAUGGGCAUGGAAGUCAUCGCAUACACUGCCUCGCCGCGUGAUACUCUGGAGUCAAGGAAAGAUCACGGGUACAUUGUGCCUGGAACUGGAGAUGCAAACGGCUCUUUCCCAAUUGAAUGGCAUCACGGUACCACGAAAGAAGAGCUCCGCCACUUCCUUUCGACGACAAAACUGGAUCAUGUCGUGAUCUCGCUACCCCUGACACCUGCGACGACCAACCUAUUCGACCGCGAGGAAUUUGAUGCGUGGUCGUCUUCGUUCUCAUCAUCGCCAGGAACUCGAAAGGGGUUUCUCACAAAUAUAGCCCGUGGAAAGGUUGUCAACACCGACGCUCUGAUCGAUGCAGUACGCUCUGAGAAAAUCGGUGGCGCGGCUCUGGACGUUACAGACCCUGAACCACUUCCCAAGGAUCAUCCGCUCUGGGAUGUAGAGGAAAUUCAAAUAAGCCCGCAUAUCAGUGGAUUUAACACCGCGUACUACACAAGGGCCUUGGACUUGCUAAAGGGAAAUAUUGAGCGCCUGGAGAAGGGUAAAGAACUAAUUUCAAGUAAUAUGGCAUGCAGCGACGUGACAGACAUCCCAUCACCAACGCGCAACCACGGCAUACACGAGAGCCCGUCCAUCACGGAUCCGCCUCGCCCGGAUACUCCAUCCUCUUAUCAACCACAUGUCGCGGUCAACACAUUCAAAGAUGAACAGCCCUCUCCCUCUUCGUCAAUUGCAUCGGAAUCUUCUACAACUAGCAAUGGACUCCGCCCCGGUAUAUAUGUCCCCACCUUAGCCUUCUUCAGCCCCGAAAAGGAAGACCUCGACCCCGAAACAACCACCAAACACGCCAUCCGCAUGGCCCAAGCCGGCAUCACCGGAUUCAUUGUGCACGGCACAAUCGGCGAAGUCGCGCAUCUCUCCCGCCCUGAACGAAAGGUAGUCACAAAGGCCACUCGAGCCGCGCUCGAUUCAGAAGGGUACAACCAUAUCCCGAUCAUCGUCGGAUGCAACGCACAGUCGACGCGUGAGACGGUAGAGUUGUGUUUCGAAGCGCAGUCCAGUGGUGCUGGAUAUGCGCUUGUGCUGCCUCCUUUUUAUUAUAAAGAGCAGUGCAAGAGUGAGUGUUUGAAAGUGUUCUUUACCGAUGUUGCAGACGCUUCGCCGAUUCCCGUGCUGGUGUAUUCGUUUCCGGCCAUUACGGCUGGUAUAGACAGUGACAUGAUGACCGAAUUGGGGCAGAAUCAUCCGAAUAUCGUCGGAUGUAAACUUACGUGCGCUGAUACGGGGAAGUUGAAUCGCAUUGUGAGCGCUGUUAAUCGUCCUCCCGAGACAGAGCAAAGGGAUUGCUCUCAGUAUGGGUUUGUGUGUCUCGGUGGGAGUGCUGAUUUCCUCAUUCAAGUACUCGCCGGUGGGGGUAGUGGUGCAGUAUGCGGUCUUGCGAAUAUCACUCCCAAGGCCUGUGUAAAGUUGUUUGACUUGUGGACGAAUGGGAAAUUCCAGGAGGCCUCGAGUCUCCAGGCGGCUGUGGCUAGGGGAGAUUGGCUUGUCACGAAAAGCGGCAUAGUUGGGAUGAAGAGUCUUUUGCAGCAUUUCUUUGGCUAUGGAGGCUUUGCGAGGAAGCCGUUGCCUCGCCUUUCGAAGCAAGAAGAGAUUGUCUUGAGGGAGAAGUUUCAGGAGUUGAUUAACAUUGAGUCAAGACUACAGUAA